AUCAGAUCCAGUUCACUGCCUUUCUAUCUGCUAUAAAUGUUCGAGCUCUCGGACGCUUGAACCCACUGCCCGAAGAUCUACCGUAGAAACGAAAAUUAUACCAUCGUAGAUAUCCGAAUGCUUCAGUAUCAUUUCAAGACCCAGUCUUGAGCCCUUGCAAUUGGCAAUUAAAUUCUUUCACGGGGCCUUGCGCCUCUCUUCCUGUCUCUUGCCCUUAUUACGUUCGCCAUGAUGCCUCGUCCUCAUUCCACAAUUCCCGCCCAUCUACCUCCUCUUCACCUUUAUCGACACAUCCUUCGCGAAACAUCGUAUCUCCCUCCAGCAAUACGUCCAGAGGUUACGCACCGUAUUCGCACACGAUUUCGAAGUCAUCGAAAAUAUGAUCAUCUCCAAAACAAGCACCGCGCCGCUGCGGCCAAUCUUCUGCGCAGAUUAAGAGCAGCAAACAGUGGCAAGCAAUCACGCAUGGUAGACUUGAUGAUGGACGCAUUUGGCAGAACAGGGGCUCGAAGGCGAAGCCUACUUUCGGACUAUAUACAACCCGAACCUCCCAGCAACUCGGAUGAUCUGGAAGCCUUGAUCCAAAGAGUUGAAGCGGAUGAAAAGCCUCCAGAGACGGCCAAGCCUAAAGGAACUGAGUUACAAAAUCAGUCCUCUCCACCUAAACCAGCCGAAACAGCGAUAGAAAGUCAAACCUCUACGAAUUCUCCAGAGGACACGAACGAAACACCGGGCAAUGUAGAAGAAACAAAACCAAAGGCAAAUCUAGUAAGAAAAGGACCAAACCCUCUUCAGCCAGCAUUCUAUGAGAAGUGGAACACCGAGAAGCUCCGAAAGCUCCUCCGCAGUCAGAGGGAUGUACAGCGAACAUCAAGACUAUCUUGGCCUAAAACCGAUAUCAAGAGUCUUAAUCCCGAUCAUGCGGUCCCUCGUCAAACCAUAUGGGGAAAACCACCACCACCAAAUAUCUAUCAAGCCAAGCGAGCAAGCUUCUGGAAGCGCAUUUCAGGCAAAGCGAUGCCACCACUUGGAAAAGAUGAGUGGGACCUUCUAGGCCGGCUCAGCAGCGGCGCUCAACAGGAAGAUCAGUGGAAGGUCCCGGAAAGACGACCUGCUGCGAAGCCCUCACGUGGUGCUACUACUAAAUCUGAUGCCUGGGAUUGGGAGGGAUAUGCUUCUCGGCCAGCCUCCCAGGUUGAGCGUCAGAGUCCGCUAUCCGUUUAUGCUUUGGUUGGACGGGAUACGGAAAAGCAUCCAUAUCAGCCAAGAUUCGACCAUCAGGAAUUUUCGCCCAGAUGGUUUAGGCGCGCUUAUCAACGAGUCUGGCAGUUCACCCCCAAGAUGGAUCCAAAUUCAAAGCCAGACAGGCCCAAUUUCAUAUGGGGUGCUUUGACAAAUCCCGCGGUCCCUCCUUCAAAAGCGCAACUCGCUAUUUUCGAGGGCGUCGAUAGCAAGGGUAAAAAGCCAAAGCCGUCCUACCAGAUUCAACGGGCGCCAAAUUCACGAUCAAGGACAGCGGCCAACCCUCUUAGGACGCGGAAAUCAUAGACACACAUUUCAUAUGGCCUCCGUGCUCAUGAACACUGAACAUUGAACUGUUUUCUUUUCCAUUGGGUCUAUUAAUCCGUCAAACUGGCCAGCUUGUUCAGACCCUCGCCAUCUACUCGCAUACCGACCCAAUCGUUCAUAGCGUAUGCACCAAUGCUCUCGUAGAAUUUGAUGCUGGGCUCGUUCCACUUGAGAACUGCCCAAUCAAGUCGACCGCCAUCAAUGGCAAGGACUUGCUUAGCCAGAGUGCUCAACAGCUUCUUGCCGUAUCCCUUGCCACGCGCCGAUUCGCGCACGUAUAGGUCCUCUAGGUAGAUACCUGCACGCGAGCGCCAUGUGCUGUAGUUGUAAAAGUACAAUGCCAUGCCGGCGGCUUCACCUUCGGGGGUAAAGAGGAGAAGGCAACGAGCGGGCUUCGUUGGUGAUAUAGGUUCGGUGGCUGGGAUAAUAGAGGCGUCGGUGUUAGGGGAGUCGGAGGGUGCGAAUGCGACCGUGGCCUGGAUGCUUUCAACGGUUGCCUGGUUGGCAUCAGGCUCCUUCUCGUAAUCGGCGAGCUCCUGGAUGAGCUGGAGAAUUAUGGGAGCAUCUUCAGAGAGCUUAAGUUAGCGCCAUGACGACUCUCUAGAGGCAUUGGAUUGGAUGUUGGAGCUUACCCUCCCUUCGGGCAUGUCGAAUUGUGGCCAUUGUAAACGUAUGAUAGUUGAUAACUGUACAGAAGCUCCAAGAUACCCUCUAUAGAGAAUUAUAUUUAUAUUUCAAUCAACCA